GUUCGUUUGUUUUGUGUGUAUUGUUCUUGUUUUUGUUGUUGUUUACGUCUCCAUGAGUUCAUCAUGGGAUGAGAGCUGAUUUCCCGGAACUUUGUUCCUUUGCAUCAUUUACAGUCAGCCGGACGGACCUCCAUUGACUCCCCCUGGCUACACAUCCGCGGAAUAAAUAAGUCCCUCCAUUUAACAAUAGUUAUUUUAAAGAAACCCUAAAAGAGUCGUCAGUUUUGGAAUUUUCUGAAAGAAAAACUCCUGCAGUUUUUUUUCAUGUCCUCGAAAUCAAAUUACGACGUGUUCCUAAUUUACUACGCAGAUUACAUUUGGCGCGAAAACUGUGACGUGUUCAGAUGUAGGGGAAAAAGUCAGGGUAUUAAAGAUGAGCGGAGCUGCGGGAUGCAGUGACUCACUCUGAACAUCGACGGAGUCAGUUUUGAACGCUGCCAUCGACAAGACUUUAAUACGAGAAAAAUAUUCAUUUGGACAAAAAUUCUACCCAAAGGAUUUCUUUGCUUUUUCACAAACAUUGGAAUUUCGCAGUUUUUACGACAGUUUAAUCAAGUUUUCUUCUUGUGAAUAACGGCAGCCACAAUGCCACCUGUGUUAUCCAUGUCAGGGUCCAACUAUGAUUACGACUAUGACACAAUUCAGCCUUACUUCAUGGAUGAGGAAACCUUCUACCCUCCUUCACUCUGCCAGCUCCUCCCGGGGCCAGGUGAGGACAUCUGGAAGAAGUUUGAGCUCCUACCUACACCUCCUUUGUCCCCAAGCCGGGCACCGUCACCGUCCAACACCUCGCUGUCUGCUGCAGACCACCUGGAGGAAGUUUCUAACCUGCUAGACAAAGAUUUCACCGCUUCCGAAACUUUCCUCCAGUCCUUCAUCAUCCAGGACUGCAUGUGGAGCAGCAGCUUCCCAGCAGCUGAGAAGUUGGAGAAGGUGCUGUCAGAGAAGCUGGUUUCACUAAAGGCCUCCUCCACCUGCAGCACCUCUGCUGUUUCCAGCCUCACAGGUGGAGCAGCUGUUCUGAGUCAGACUGAGGUGAAUCCCGAGUACCUACGGGACCUUCAGGCUGCGGCCGCACACUGUAUCGACCCCUCGGUGGUGUUCCCGUGCUCCACAGUGAGCGAGAAGCAGAGCAUAUGUGAAGAACAGAUGGAAGUGGGACCAGAGCUGUGUCUGGACUCACCCCCACUCAGCAGCAGUGACAAUGAAUCAGAAGACGAAGAGGAGGAAAACUGUGAGGAGGAGAUUGAUGUGGUGACGGUGGAGAGGCAGAAGACGCCACGGAGGUGUGCCCUCACUCCUCUGGUCCUCAAACGCUCUCACAUCAACAUCCACCAACACAACUAUGCCGCCAAACAGCCUGCUGCGAAGCGGCCCAAGGCGGAGAGCGCUGGAGCGAGGCAGAGCCGGCGGUGCUGGAGUCCACGUUCUGAUGGAGAGGACAGUGACAAGCGCAUGACUCACAACGUGCUGGAGAGGCAGCGGCGGAACGAGCUCAGGAUGAGCUUCCUGACUCUGAGGGACGAAGUCCCGGCGGUGGCCAACAAUGACAAGGCGGCAAAGGUGGUGAUCCUGAGAAAGGCGACAGAGUUCAUUAAGGAAAUCAGAGGAGAUGAGAGGAAGCUGCUAACAACGAAGGAGGAGCUGAGGAAGAGGAGCCGAGAGCUGAAGCGACGACUUGAGCAGCUCAGGACUUUACAUUAACCCACUAACGUAGCUAUUUUUUGUGUUUUCUUUUCAUUUUUAUUGGUUGUUUUUGUGUCAGAAACGGAACUGCCCCCUAUCAUCUGGUCUGUGAUCAGCCUGUUAUUUAUUUGUGUUUGGAUCUUUUAAAUAUUUUAAGUUAAACAGCUAUCUUCUUGUUGCUUUCAUAAACAACUGAUAAGAGUAGAUAUAUUUAAAAGCCUUGAAAGUUUGUUCAAGUGUCAGCUGGUUUUUAUCAGCAGAGAACUAUGUGUGUCUAGUUAGAUUGUUUCUCAUUUGAAAUAGUUUAUUUUUAUAAUUACUUUAUUGAACUGAUUAAUUUGAGAGAAAAGCUGCUCAUCUGAUGCUCAACCUUCAAAAUAAAAGCCCUUUUAUGGAGGUCCUGUGAAAGUUA